GUCUGUAAUCGCAAUCAAGAGAACGUUCUUUCCGCGUGAGACGAUUUUACUAACGCAUGUUUGAGUUUUCUCGUGAAUUUCACUUUCCCGAUUCUAUUUCUUGCAUGACUUUUUCAAUUUCACUUUACUCAUCCUGUCUCUUACAACUUACCCACACCAUAAAUUCAACAAAGACCCCAACCAUGUAUAUCUCAGAUUUCCGUCUCUCAACUAUCCUCCUCCUCAUCAUCCAUUUUACAAGCUUCACAGUUGCCACACUUCCCCCACUGCACUACACCAUCACUCGCCGCGGCGGCUCAUUUCCCGCUCCCGAUACUGCUAAUCUCACCUUCCUUCAAUCUACACUUGCAGAUAUCAAUUCAAGAUUCACAAAUUCCGAAAGAAUAUUGAAAGGGAAUAAAGUUGUUAGAGUGCCCAAAAGAUGGCACGAUGGCCAGAUCACCAAUACCACAAAUCCAAAACCACGAUCCGGAACAUAUAUCCAACCAGGAACUACUCUUCUCGGUGAAGUCGGGAAGGCUGGGUCCUGGUUUACGUCUAUGAAAAUUGGCGAGCCGUACCAGAAUGUGGAUCUGGAUCUUAAUAUGUUGACGGCGGAUUUUGCGAUUGUUAGCACGCCGAGUGGAAAGGGAAGUUUUUAUCUCGAAGAGAGAAGUGGGACGUAUAGUGUUAGUAAUGAUAAUGAUGAGGGUAAGGGGAUGAACUUUCCGGGUUGUAGGUGUGGGAAGGAUGUUGUGGGACUACCAUUGGGAUUUGAUAUGUUUGCUGGUUUUAAAGGAGAGAGGUAUAUACCUGUUAGUUUUGCACAUUGUAGACCACAGAAACAGUGGGUUGGUAGUCUGGGGAAAAGUGGUGCAAGUCUGGGGUUGGCUGUAGGAGAAGGGUUGGGACAAGUUGGGGGUUGGAAGGGAGGAUUGUUGGGGCAGAUUGUUAAGAGUGGAGUUGUUGAUACUGGCGUCUGGAGUUUGAUGCUGAUUAAUGGAUAUGAAGGGGUGUUUAGUGUGGGAGGAUCUUCAGUCGAGGCAGUGAGAGUGGUAGAGGAAAGUAUCAAGAAGGAAUUGAAGAAACUCGAGGCAGCUGAGGCAAGUGAAUUUCAACCUCAAAAUUAUGAAUGGGAGACGCCUAAUGUAGAUGAAUUGCAAUCGGGAAACGACAAAAAGAUGGACGGACUGGGAAUGCAGUCCCAACAUGAUGAAAUCAAGAGAAAUUCAGAGUUAGGAUUGAUGAAGAGGGACGAAUUUGCAUUGGAUGAUAAUGACUUGACUCGGAAGUCGAAUGAUGAAAGUGUUUGGGAAUGGAGCAAAGUUCGAGGUGCAGAUGGAUGGUGGGAAAUUCUCAUGAAAGGAAUUUGGGUUGAUGGAAAUAAAGUUAUACAGAAUCAGCCGAUAGUCUUGGAUGUCAAUACUCCCUUCAUCAUUGGUCCUUCACAUCUAGUCCGCAGCCUUUACUCUUCCAUUUCUGGCUCUCGUCAACUCCCUCCACCAUAUGAUCAGUUCCAUGCCUACCCUUGUUUCAAUCCACCUCAUUUACUUCUCGAGUUUGGUAAUCUGAGAGUCAAGGUAUUGAAUGGCAAGAGGGAUGAAGGAAGCUUUUCGCCAGGAGAAAGAUUCAGCUUGGGGAGGAUGGAGAGGGGUAGUGGUUACUGUGUGGGAAUUGUAGUAGAAGGCAGGUUUGGUAACAUGGAUGGCCAAAGGGGAACAGUUGGCAACGGUGGUGUGGAAGGAAAUGGAAUGGAAGAUAUGUGGAUUUUCGGAGAACCAUUCUUCAGAGAUGUACAGGUGGCUUUUGAUUGGAAAGAGAAGAGAGUUGGCAUGCAACGGCUUUGAGUCUUGCUUUGACGUUGAAAUGCUACUCGAUUCUAGUCAGGUUCUAAACAAUGUUUAUCUCUAGUAAAACAUUUACUCGGCAUGCUUUCUUCACAUAGGAGAUAUUUCAUAUUUUUAUCAAGCAGUAGUAGAGAUUUUGGAAGGUCGUCAACGGAAUGGACCACUCGUUAUCACGAGAAUGCCACGUGAUAUGCAUUAUUGUCCCACAUUUCUUCAUCUGCGACAGCAUAGGUAGUUCAAUAUGAUGUCUUCAACGUCGAGAAAGACAUGAUUCAUAUCAGUUCAAGCUUUACGAAUUGCACAAUAUAGGAGUUACAUAAGUCUUUCCUCGGCAAACGUGCUCUUGAAACGUUACAACGUGAAUAUUUCAGGCAGCUGAACAGUACUCGAGCUAGGAGUCGAGGUAGGGCUGAAUUGUAAGUGCAUGCGAGCCA